GACGCGACUUACACUGCAACGACAUAUUUUUCAUCUCUUGAUGUUUCAUGCGACCAGGAACACGACAUACUCGAAACAUAACACUAUCCGUCUCAUCAGAGACCAAGGGACAAUGCGUUCGGGCCACGACAGUAAACACGCCAAUGCAUGCACCUACCAGGUGGAUGCAGACCCGCAUCCGAAGUUCAUUGAGGCUUUCCGAAUUUCAGUCUCAUUCGUUCCUUGGAAUGCCAGCUAUUGGGCCUAUAUAUGCUCCCGUUUUUAAACACUAUGCGCUUCUUUUGACUGCCUGCUCUUGACUAUGCUGUCUUGCCCUACUUGUAAUGACUGUGCUGGACAACACUGUUGUUCUUAGAAUUUUACUGGUCUCUUUAACUUCAGAUUUUCAUGAUUAGUGGAUGAGUGCUAAUGCACUAAUGUUUUGAAUCCUACAGCAUAGCAUUGAAUCGCUUGUUGGAACAUCUUACCAUCUUGACGUUAAGGAGGGGACUGUGGGAAAAUCGGCAUAAACGUGGCGGCUUUCGUCCCAGAAUGCGUCUGAAACGUAUUGUAGUCGGACUAAAAGGGGGAAUACUGCGCAACAGCCAAAAAUAACCGGACAAGGGUUUUGCGUGUGAGUCUGUCAGGCGGCCUGGCGUGCCCAUCAAGGCCACAGCCUUUCGUUUUUCCACCCUCAGCAUCCCCUCGUCUUUCUUCGUCCCCCCAUUUCCAUUUUACCUCAGGCGUUGUACGUCGACGCAGACCUUUUCAACAUGGUUGCGGAUCCUCAGAACAAUGCCAACAAUGGAGGAAAUAAUCAGGCUUCAAACUCCGUGUCUUCUGCAUCUUCCCAAUCACAGCAAUCGUCAUCCUCCGGCACUCCUCUGCCAAGCAUACCAGCAACCGCUGGUGUAGGCGCGAUCAGCAUUACCCAACCACCCAUGCAGUCCACAUCGUAUUAUAAAAUUGCCCCUAGUGAAUAUAUUACAUUUGGGUGGAAUUUCACCGACCUCUACGUGACACCGACAAGCCUUACGGUUUCCGCUGUGUGUGAGAAUGGAAAUACGUACCCUGUGGGGCCGACAAAUGGGAUCAUACCUGGAAAUGCACAGAGUGUGGUUUGGUAUCCUUAUGGAUAUCAAACUGCGAACCCCAGUAUGCCAUUAGCACAAGCAUCCUACACACUGCACAUCUGGGGUGAUUCAGGACCAAGUGCGGCUGCACAACCUGGUUAUUUGUCACCCAAUAGUGGGUUAGAGUUCGCAAUGUACACACCUCAGGCGUACACUCCAAUUGAUAGUGGUUGGCAAUGUGCAGGGUGUUCAGGCUCCGCCUCCCAGUAUGUGGCACACCCUGCGUUCGCAGGUCUCAUCGCCACUAUCCUCAUCAUGUUUUUGUCGGGCUACGGCACGCUCCGUCGUGUCUGGAAUUAAAGUGGUCUAUCUGGAUCCUUCGUUCGUUGCCUCUUUAUCAUUGGCAUAGUGGUUCGAUGAAGACAUUUUCUUAUAUCUGGACUGUUGUUUGUUUGUGCUUUGGGAUCUGUUGUACUGGGUUGAACAUUGGCAUUGGUAGAAUCGUACUUACAUUUAUGACACGGACCUUGGACUUGCAAGCUGACAUUAUUACACCUUUCUUCACUCGCACCCUCAUCAUUGCAUUCGUUUUAAGCUAGGAGUUCGCUGCACGAGUAGAACAGAGCUGUAUGGUCAAAUAAUAUGUGCACGGACUUGUGGUAUGAUCGUGCUGUUUUCAU